AUGAUGCCUGUUCUGCGUCUGCAAGGCUGCCGCUCCUUGCACUUGAACGAGGACAACGGCCGCUUCGUGCUGCUCGCUCUCCUCAUCAUCCUCUACCUGCUGUGCGGCGCUGCGGUCUUCUCGGCCAUCGAGAGGCCCUCCGAGCUGCGGGCCCACGGUCGCUGGAACGGGACGCUCCACAACUUCAGCGAGACCUUCAACAUCAGCCUAGAGGAGCUUAACUCUUUCCUGCGGGAGUACGAGGCUGCCAUCGCCGCUGGGAUCCGGGCUGACGCUCUUAGACCGAGAUGGGAUUUUACGGGGGCUUUUUAUUUUGUUGGAACUGUGGUGUCAACAAUAGGUUUCGGGAUGACAACGCCUGUGACCAUUGCAGGAAAAGUGUUCUUGAUAUUCUAUGGGCUCCUGGGCUGUGCUGCCACCAUCCUCUUCUUUAAUCUCUUCCUGGAGCGCAUAAUAACACUGCUGGCCGUUGUCAUGAAAGCUGUGAGGGAGAGGCGCAUCAGAAACAGUGGCCUCCUCCCACCGGGGGUUCAGAGGGACUUCUCGGCUUUCUGCCUACCGGGGUGGAAACCCUCCGUCUACCAUGUGAUGCUAAUUCUAGGCCUAUCAGCUAUCACCAUCUCUUGCUGUGCUUCGGCUAUGUACACCCCAGUGGAGGGCUGGAACUACUUAGAUUCACUGUACUUCUGCUUCGUGACCUUCAGUACCAUUGGCUUUGGAGACUUUGUUAGCAGUCAAAAUGCAGUUUAUGAAUACCAAGGUCUCUACCGGGUGGCCAAUUUCCUCUUCUUGUUAACAGGAGUGUGCUGCAUCUACUCGCUCUUUAACGUCAUCUCAAUUGUGAUAAAGCAAGUGCUCAACUGGAUGCUGGAGAAGAUGAGCUGCUUGUUUUGUCAGCGUUGCAAUAAGGCCAGCACCUUCCUGGGGAGACGCAACGCCAUCCGACCAGGUUCAAAGGGACGCCAUUCGCCUUACCCGGAUGGACCGUGUGACAGUGACACCGAGGGUCGCAGACUGUCCGGAGAGAUGAUCUCCAUGAAAGACUUGGCAGCUUCCAACAAGGUGUCACUGGCUAUCAUGCAGAAGCAGCUAUCUGAGUCGGCCAACGGGUAUCCCAGAACAGUUUGUGGCAGCUCACGCCAUAACGGUUUCUCUGGGGGAGUGGGUGCCCUUGGAAUCAUGAACAACAGACUAGCUGAGACCAGUAACUCCAGAUAA